UCCAUUUGUCGUUUGACCCUCUAAGCAAGCUGAAUGUUAUUCUGCUUUAGCUAUAUAGGUACUUCAGUGUUAAAAUUAAGAUUUAAUUAUUGUGAUAAUUAAGUGAUCGUGAUUCAAUAUGGGUGCGGACAGCUCGAAGGAAGAAAACAAAUCCAGAUUACAAGAUGAAAGACUACAACGUCGGAACCAGUAUGCCACGCAACAGAGACGACAGGAAUCGCUACAAACUUCAAGUGCGACGUAUCAGUCGCCUGUACAAACCCCUACAGAGAGAUCCCGAACGCCUUACAAUUACACAACGGAGAACUUACAAAGUGUAAUAAAACAAACUAGCCAACCAAAUGUUCUGGAAAGAUCCCGCAACCCAUACAACUAUAACUCUGAAGACUUGCAUGGAAUCAAGCAAACUCCCAAUUUGUACCCAAACCUUAACGUGAGCCGAGGCGAGGACAGCUUUGUUUACGUGAAUAGACCACCGUCAACACCAACCAGGCCCUCACCGCAGCCAUCGGCUCCUCCGGCCUCAGAAAUCAACGAAAUAUUAAAUAUCCCGACAACUGCACUCAACGCUUCAAGGAGCCCUUCAACGCCUCAGGCGUUGCAAGUGCCUACUACGAAACACCCAUUCUCUCAGGCCAGCGUGGUACAAAAAUCUGUGUUCCACGUCAGCGCUUCGCCAAAGGUUCCUACUCGGCCGCCACCACCAUCUAAUUCAAAUAAAUUCAGUCAUAAUACUCCCGGGACCUCGCAGUCAGCAAAUGCUUAUACCAAUAAAAAUGUAGCACUCUCAGAUGCGAAACCCAAUACAGCAGGACCUUCGAAGUCCAAGCCUUCUGCAACUAAGAAUGGAGAUGGUCAGCUUAAAAUAAUUUCUUUACCUCGUAAGACCCAAGCCAAUUUUAGCGCUUUUGAAUUUGGAACUUUCUUUUAUUUCUAUAAGAGUUCAUAA